AGGGUGGGCAGGGGGAAUCUAGAGAUGAGUGGGUGAGUCCUGUGCUACAGGUACACUGGACACUGCCCACUGCUUCGGUUCAGCAUGGGCCAGACCUAUGGGCAGAUGACCGGUCAGCUACUCCGGGGAGCUCCUGGCAUAGCCUGGCCCCCUGCCCAUCGCAUACUUCUGCCUCCCAUUCGGCCUCCAAGAUCUCCCGAGGUUCCUCGUGGAAGCCUGCCUGUCGGGCGUGGGCACAAAAGGCUCAGUUCCAGCAUGAUCCCUGGGUACACAGGUUUUAUCCCCCAGGCACGGUUCAUCUUUGCCAAGAACUGCAGCCAGGUCUGGGCUGAGGCUCUGAAUGAUUUUACUCAGUGGCACGGGGAACAAGGGAGUCAGGAGCUGUCAAAGCAGGUCAAGGGAGAAGAUGUGGAGGAAGACCAAGAAUCAGAGCCAAAGCCGAAGCCAGAGCUGGAGGCGCAGCGGGCAGAGCUGGGGCAGGAGGCAGGACAAGCUUCCCCCUAUUCCAUGGCUGACGGAGAUCCUCACAAGUUCUUCAUGUCAGGUUUCACUGGCUAUGUGCCCCGUGCCCGCUUCCUCUUCGGCUCCAGCUUUCCUGUGCUCACCAACCAGGCGCUGCAGGAAUUUGGACAGAUGUGCUCACAGGGCAAACCCCAGAAGGAUCUCAAACAUCUCCCCCCACUUUCAAGGACCUACCCUCAGAACCUGGGUCUUUUGCCUAACUAUGGGGGCCAUGUGCCAGGAUAUAAGUUCCAGUUUGGCCGCACAUAUGGGCAUCUCACCCACGAUGCUCUGGGCCUCAGCACCAUCCAGAAGCAGCUCGUGGCGUAGGUACCUGGACUUCAAGUUCUUUCUUCCCUUUUCAUGUAUCCCAGCCAUGCUUUUGGAAGAGAGAGAGAGAUGGGCUGGAGGGUAGGGGGAGGCACAAAGAGAAUGGUUUGGAGGCCAAGCACCUUUUUUAUUAAUAGGUGUAAUAAAUAAAUAAAUAAAUACAUAAACAGAA